GUUACAAACAAUUGCAGACUAUGAUAGAAUUCUGGUUAUGGAUGCUGGAAUUGUAGUGGAAUUUGAUAUUCCAUACUUAUUGAUGCAAAAGCCAGAUUGGUGGUUUAGAGAGCUAUGUAAUAGAAGUGGUGAAUUUUCAGAAUUAAUGAAAAUCGCUAAGCAAAAAUAUGAGUAUAUAUCAUCAAUACAUUAA